ACAAGUGUUGCUCUCGCCGCCGCACCCGCUGGGCGGGCUCUCGCAUCGCCCAUGCUGGCCGCGAGGAGGCAGCAUACCUGCCGGACAACCAGCACGCGCUGCGAGGACGGGAGGUGCUGCAGCGGUUCCCGUCCGUUCAGUACUUGUCCGUUCAUCGCAUGGCGGCCCGGCGGAGUGGACGGCCCGAGAUCGCUGGCGCGGUUGCCCGAGCACGCUCGCUGCAUGCCUUGGCAGGGCAGCACCGCCAGCAGCAAGGAGCUUUUCGGCUCAGAAUGUACGGUCCCUCACAGCGAGGCAAAUUUCCAAGGCAUGGUGGUCACAGGGCUGCACCGGCGAGGGUUCCGGCCGAUCGUCUUUGGCGAGCGGCGUCGGGUGUUCAGCGACUUGUCGGCGGCCGUGUCGUCCCGCGAGCCAGAGCACUCCCCCUUGGGAACAUCCUCAAGCUGUAGCCUCUCCCUCUCGCCGGUGAAGACUUGCACAAUGCCACAAGGGCCAAGCUCCGGCCUCAGGCCCCGUCGGAGGAAGGCAAGGCAGUGGACGUGAGGACGGCUGCGAGGGCGCAUCACGUGCGCGGCGCCGGUGCUGCGAGUGAUCGGCGCAGAGGCGUGGGCGCUGCGAG